AUGGAUGGGGAGGAGGAGAACGUCGGGCCGUUCCGCCGGACCAGCGCCCGCACGCGCCGCAUGGCCACGCGCAUGGCGUCCGCGCUCGCCAGCUCUGACAACCGCGCCCAGGCUGCAUUAGCUCGCCUUGAAGCUCUUGAGAGUGAUAAUGCUGGGGUUGAGGUGGUAGAUCUUAAUGAUGAUGAGUACGGAUCCACAGAUGAGGAAGACCCUGUUCUCAUGCAAAAAAAGCAGUCCAAGAUUAUGAAACGCAAGACAAGGCAAGGGAAAGCUUUGGAGAAGAGGGCAGCAAGAUCAUUCAUGGAUGUCUUACAAGAAGCAAAUCUGGAAUCCCUGCCUCCUCAUGUCCCAUCAUAUUUGAGGGCUGCUGUGGGUCCACCGAGUACUUCAUCUCGACGGCACUACUGCUCAGUUUGUGGUAGUUCUGCAAACUACGCAUACGAUGGGGUAGCCAAGUGGUAG